UGAAUGUGGUCACUGUUAAUAUCAGCUUAGCAAACUGUUAUGUUUACACAGAAGCAGCCCUUAAAAACGCAAAAUCACAAAUCAGAAACGUAAACAAUUUGGAUAUUUUGCCAAAAUGGAUAGCUUACACGAUGUUUGCCGUGUGUGUGCAAAUAAAAUAAAGGACAAGAAGCGUCAGCAGCAUAUAUUCAACUAUUUACGAGGCAAAUUACUCCAAAAUCUGAAACUAAUUACCGGAGUCGAACUAUUUCCGAAUGAAGGCUUACCAAAAUAUAUUUGCGAUCGCUGCGGCAAUGAGCUGGACUUGGCCAUUAAGUUUCGGGAGCGCUGUAUCUUUUCGCAAAAGUAUCUCAACGAAAUGCAUGCAAAGAUACACAACAAGUCGGUAGUCUCAACGGCUGAACGAGAGCUGCACGAAGAUUUGAUCGAUGAGGAGCAGUUGGAAUACAUUGAUGAAGAAGUGCAAAUUUUAGAAGAUAAUUAUGAAAUUCCUCAGGAUGACGUUACCGAAGAGUUGGUUGAUGAAGAAUUUGUGGAGGAAACUGACGAUGCUGAAGAAGAGGAUACAGAGGAGCAAAUGAAUAAAGAGAAAAGGCAUUGGGUACUUCUGGAAGACAACCGUCCUACUAAAAGACUGAGAAACUUUUUUAUAUGUGAAGAGUGUGGCGAGUAUUUCAACGACGAGGACGAAUACAAUGAGCAUGCCAAGGGACAUGUGCAACAUAAGGAAUCCAAACGUUUCUUUCCUUGCUACAAGUGUCCGGCAAAUUUUAAUACUAAAAUAGCCUUAAAACUUCAUCGACAAGAGCAGCAUUCCGGCGAUAGGCUUUUCAAAUGUUCCACGUGUGGCGAAACCUUUCUGCAGCACAGCGCCAAACAACGACAUGAGAAAGCGCACAUCAAUGAGAGACCAUAUCCCUGCUUAGAAUGCGACAAGUUCUUCAAAAGUGUGUCCGAGCUAAGCGCGCAUUCCGCAAGUCACGAUAUAAGGAAAUUUAGAUGCGAACCGUGCAACAUGGACUUCACAACGCGCAUGAAUCUCGUGGCACACUCAAAUACAUAUCCACAUAAAAGAACUAUGCAGCAAAUGCAGGACGAGAUUAAUCUGCUGUAUGGCGAAAACCAGGAUCUAGCGGAGAUUAAUUAAUCAAUAGUAAUUAGUAUUAAAUAUAAUUUAAAUUGCCAUUUAGUAUGCUGGUGAAUGUGAACAGACAUUAACAGAAGCUUUGUCUAACAUUACAUAAAUAC